AUUAUUCAAUUAAAAGCAGUUUCAAUCACAAUGCGAUUCGUCGGGGUGACAGCAUUCGGGGUGUGGGCGGUCGUCGUUUUGACUAUUCCUGGCUUCGCGAUAUCCCAGGGAAAAGGUGAACCAAUGACCAACAAGACAAAGAUUUUUAAGGAGAGUUUCAUUAAAUCUGUUAAAUACUGUGCGUCAAUUCAUGAAACAAACAUGGUCGAGGCUAUCGCCCUGUUUGGACAAAGAGAAAGCAGUGAUCAAAAAGGGAAAUGCUUCUUACACUGCAUGCUUCAACGUUAUCGAUUGAUGGACAAGUCAGGCAAUUACAUAAAGGAUAAAUUUAAGCCCUUCUUGGAAUACAUACCGGCGUCGAAUUUCUUAAUGACUAUAAAAGACAAUUUACGAGAAUGCAUGCAAGUGAGCGAAGCUGAAACAGAUGCUUGUUCAAAGGCGUAUAAGUUCUUCAGGUGCUUCUAUCAACGAGGUGCAGCAAAGAAAACACCAGGGAGUCCUUCAACCCAAGAUAUUUUACCAGCAGAUGGUUUCUAGCGAGAUAAACUUCCCUAUUAUCACGAGGCGUUUAUUCCCAGCCGAAUUUUUAAAUUUGACAGAGUGCACUGGAUGCUGUGGGAAAAUCUAAAAUAAAACUAAAUAAAAAAUCGA